AUGUAUGAGUAUACGGCAGAUGCGUUUGCAAAUCGUGAUGAUCCUAUCCCGGUGAUAAGAUUGGAUCCUUCAGACGACCUUGAUGACGAUGCCGAAGAUACGAACGAAGUCCCUCGAAAAGAGGGUACGAGAGAGCGAUUAAAAAGGCAUAAGUCGCAGUUGAAGGAUAAUUUUCGAAAGGCACACGGUAAAGCAUCGGAAACGUCAGCAUCUGUACAAGAUAGAUUACUUGAGAAAUUAUUACAACAAGUUAUACCCAUCGAGGAUCUCAGCGAAAACCGAAAAGAUGCUGAUCCUACCCCCACAAACUUCAUCGAAAGACCUGCCUUUAAUAUCACGACCAUGUCAAAUAAUUUUCGAAGAUUCAAUGCAAGAAUAGGAGUGGUUUUUGUCUUCCAAGCCAAAGUAAUACGUCUACUAAGCUGGAAACAAUGGUCGCAUACCCUCUCAUUUCUUGCAGUAUAUACAUUCGUCUGCCUAGAUCCAUACCUCCUUACCGUUCUUCCACUAGUGGUUCUCCUCCUCGCCAUCCUUAUACCUUCCUUCAUGGCUCGUCACCCAGCACCUCCUACAACCAUAACAACAGACUCCUUCACAUAUUCCACAACCGGUCCACCAAUAGCCCCAGCUCCCACCGUCAAACCAGUCAAAGAACUUUCCAAGGAUUUCUUUCGAAAUAUGCGCGACCUCCAAAAUUGCAUGGAAGAUUUCUCCCGUCUCCAUGAUAAAAUUAUUGCCAUAAUUUCCCCCUCUACAAACUUCUCCAACGAGCCUCUCUCAUCAACCCUCUUUCUAUUCUUGGUCGUAACCGCAGCAUUCAUGUUCAUUGCCUCCCAUCUCAUGCCAUGGCGCUUCAUCUUCCUCACCAUAGGCUGGACCAUCACUUCUCUCGGCCACCCUACCAUCCAACGCCAAAUGCUCACAACACACACCACCAUCGUACAACCGCGCGCAAAACCCCUCCAAAACAGUCUCCAAACUUUCAUCUCCCAUGACAUCAUCCUCGAUUCCUCUCCCGAAACCCGUGAAGUAGAGAUCUUCGAACUACAAAAGCUUUCCCGAGCAGGCGAAUGGGAUCAUUGGUUAUUUAGUAGUUCACCGUAUGAUCCCUUCAGUAGCAUGCGGAUGGAAACUGGACGACCAAUAGGCUGUCGAUUUUUCGAAGAUGUUAAGAGUCCUAGAGGUUGGGAAUGGAGCGAGAAGAAAUGGGCACUUGAUUUGUGGAGUAGAGAAUGGGUUGAAGAGAGGAUUAUCACGGGGGUAGAGGUGGAGACGGAGGGUGAGAGAUGGGUUUAUGAUAUUAGGUAUGAAGGACAAGAGGAUGAUUUUGUAGGGGUGAUUGAUACGGGGAGUAGUAGUCAUGGGGGGAGUUUCAGGGCGAAGAAAAGUUUGCCAGUUAGUUGGGAAGAAGCAAGUGAUGUUGAUGGAGCGGGGAGGAGGGGAGAAUGGAGAAGGAGGAGAUGGGUUAGGAUGGUUAAGAGAAGGUGGGAACAUGAUGAUGGGGAUGGGGUUGGAGAAGAGAAGAAAUAA